GGGAGCAAUAAAUUUCAAGGAGAAAUUUUGCAUAGCUUCACUGUAGUCAUUAUCCCUCGGACUACAUGUUGCUGGAAAAAUGUGCUGGAGCCUGUUCGAAAGGAUUUGCAAUUGGGGACCAUUAUCAGUUCUUGCGAUAAUAAAAAUUAUCACAUUGAUGAGCCUACACUGUAGCAGACAUUGGUGGAACAACUAUAGAAAUAUUACUUCCGACACAUGUUUUAUAAUAUUUAUAAUUCUCAGCGGCUUAACUCUGUAUCAUUUUAUUAAUUCUGUUUACGAAGGGCCUGGAUAUCUGCCAAUUAAUUGGAUGCCGGAUGAUGAAAAUGAUUGUGAAUUUUUGCAAUUCUGUAGCGUAUGCCAAGGCUAUAAAGCUCCACGCUCUCAUCAUUGUCGAAAAUGCAAUCGUUGCGUUUUGAAAAUGGAUCAUCACUGUCCUUGGAUAAAUACGUGCGUUGGUCAUAACAAUCAUGGCUAUUUCACGGCAUUUUUGGCUAGUGCCGUAACUGGAUGCUGUCUUUCCACGUAUAUAAUGAUUAAUUGGAUGACGAUUAUAUUUUUCACCAGGCCAUUACCAUUUCAUCCACCCUCUAUAUUUACUGUAAUGUUAGUCCUUAUUAGCAUAGGUCUUUCAGUUGGAGUUGUAAUAGCAGUUGGAAUGCUUUUGUAUUUUCAGUUACAUGCUGUUAUAAAAAAUCAAACCGGCAUCGAAUGCUGGAUAUUGGAAAAAGCUAAUUAUCGAAGAAUCACGUCAUCCGAACAGUUCGUUCAUCCUUAUUCAAAAGGAUGGCUUUUUAAUGUUAAUCAGGUUCUGUCGUGGCAUUGUGCUGCAAUAGGCAAUGGAAUAGUUUGGCCGGUCAUAGAUGGCUGCGAUCAAUAUACUCUAACCCGCGAACAAUUGGCUCAAAAACAGGAAAAAAGAAAAAGAUCGAAACGCUACAGAAUUGUAGCAAGAGCAACAGGUUCUUGGGUUCCAGUUAGUCACGGUCUUCAUGUUCUUUGUUCGCCACCGAUCACCGAUGAACCAAGAAUUAAACUUGACGUAGGCGAUACUAUUAUGGUAACUCGUUGGCGCAACAAUUGGUUAUUUGGCGAGAAAGAAAACCAUAUGGCUUCGAUGGAUAUUAAAGACAGAGUUCGGGGCUGGUUUCCUCGACCUUGUGCCAUUCCAGUUAGUGAAAAAGACAAAGAAUUGCAGAAUUAUGUAGAUGUCGAUGGGGAUGAACGACAUUAUAGCUCGAACGCUACAACUUCAUUAACAAGUGUGGAAGGUGAAAUGAAUUAUAAUUAUAGAAUGCAGAUAAUACCUUCGGAAGAAAGCGACCUACAUUUUUAA